CGUGUCCAAACAGCCACCCCCGCCCAGGGUUCGUCCUCCUCCCCAGCUGCCCUGUCAGCUACCCCUCGCUUCUCAGUUCCUGGAGAGGCUGCGGUAGCUGCGGUUGGGGCUCAGAAGGAAGGCGAGUCCCGAGAGGCUAGAGAGCCGCGGCGUUCGGAGUCUCGGCCAGCUGGACAGCAGGCGCCCCACCAAGCGGCCAUUGAAUGUUUGUUUGCUGCUCAUGGGUGUGAGCAAGUUAGAUAUUCUAUAUCGGAGACUUCUCCUUACAAAACUUUUUAUCAGAGGAUGGGGAAGGCCAGAGGAUCUCAAAAGACUCUUUGCAUUCAGAAAGAUUAUUGGAAAUCGAGAAAGAUGUCAGAAUCUGGUUUCAAGUGAUUAUCCAAUAUACAUCGAUAAGAUUGAAGAGCAGUCAGACUGUAAGAUCCUAGAUGGACACUUUGUUUCCCCCAUGGCCCACUAUGUGCCUGAUAUCAUGCCAGUCGAAUCUGUUAUUGCAAGAUUCCAAUUUAUUGUGCCUAAAGAAUGGAACAGCAAAUAUAGACCCGUAUGCAUUCAUCUUGCUGGAACAGGAGAUCAUCAUUACUGGAGACGACGAACACUAAUGGCUCGUCCUAUGAUUAAAGAAGCCCGAAUGGCUUCUUUGCUGUUAGAAAACCCUUAUUAUGGCUGCAGGAAACCCAAGGACCAAAUAAGGUCCAGCUUAAAAAACGUGUCUGAUCUUUUUGUGAUGGGAGGAGCUCUUGUUUUAGAAUCUGCAGCUCUCUUGCACUGGCUAGAGAGGGAGGGUUAUGGACCUCUAGGAAUGACCGGAAUAUCCAUGGGAGGACACAUGGCUUCCUUAGCAGUAUCCAACUGGCCUAAGCCCAUGCCAUUGAUUCCAUGUCUGUCUUGGUCCACAGCAUCUGGGGUCUUCACUACGGGCGUGCUAAGUAAAUCGAUUAAUUGGAGGGAGCUAGAAAAGCAGUAUUAUACACAGACAGUUUAUGAAGAAGAAAUUAUUCACAUGCUUGAAUAUUGUGGAACAGAUUCUUUCAAAAUGGGACAAGAGUUCCUGAAACACUUCCCUAGCAGUGCAGACAAGCUAACUAACCUUAACCUGGUUUCUAGAACUUUAAAUUUAGAUAUGGUGGACGAAGUUGUGUCCCAAAAAGCUGCUGAGUGCCAUAAAUCUAGUAAAACAUCUAUCAGUGCCACAUCAGAAGGACUCUUGUUGCAAGAUACCUCUAGGAUGGGGUGCUUCAAUCAAACACUUUCAACCAGCAAAAGUAGUUAUACGCGUUGUAAUCCUCAGUCAUACCACCUACUCAGUAAAGAACAAAGAAGAAGCACUCUUCAGAAAGAAUCUUUAAUAUUUAUGAAAGGAGUUAUGGAUGAAUGUACUCAUGUAGCAAAUUUCUCAGUUCCAGUUGACCCAAGCCUCAUCAUAGUGGUUCAAGCCAAAGAAGAUGCCUAUAUUCCACGAACAGGAGUUCGAAGUCUACAAGAAAUUUGGCCUGGUUGUGAAAUCCGAUAUCUAGACGGGGGUCAUAUUAGUGCUUAUCUUUUUAAACAAGGACUCUUCAGGCGCGCCAUCUAUGAUGCAUUUGAACGCUUCCUCCGUAAAUACGCUAACUAAUGGGAUCACUGUAUGUAACCAGUGCAGCCAUCAUGUUUCUUACGAAAGGAGUUUGAUCCUUUGAUGAUGUGAAGAACAAGCAGACAGCACUAUAUAUCUAAUUGCUGUCAAUCUAGUCUGGAAUUCAGUGUUACAGAUCAGUCAACUAUAAUCUUUAAAUACAUUUGAAUAAUUGUAAACCAAUAUUUGGAUGAAAUAAUGCUGAACUAUUUUGUACUAUUUGUGGGAAUCCCAUAAAAUCAAUAUCUAGUCUGUUGUUACUAUUUAUGUAAACUUUAAAUUUUUAAUUAUGAAUAAUUUAUUAAUUUAAAAUAAAUGUAUUCAUAGAGACCCUGUUGGUUUUUAAAGAACUGCUAAAUCAAACUUAGUUUGUAAUAUGUCACCCUGUAUUGUAUAUAUGCCCUUACAUGACAUUUCUAUUAUUGACUUGAUUUGAGAAACAUGUUUAUUUCUUUUAUGGAUCCACAGUGAAUUUAUAAUCUUAUUUUCAACUUUAAUUUUCUGCCAUGGAUACUUAUCAUGUGUAAAAUCAGUUUUAACUUUGAAUACUAAAAAAUCCUUUUUGCUUUGUACUUAAGUACUUUUAAUAAUUAAAUUGAAUGUGAGAAUGCAGAUAAGAUGCAUAAGACUUGGCUAAACUUUAAAACUUUGCCAAAUAUUAGGUUAGAAAAAAUUGCCAAACAUUUUUCCCCUACUUGAAAAGUUUCAAUUCAUGAACACUGAAAUAAUGAAAGACCUAUUGCAUUAAUUAAUAAUUGUUUCUUAACAUUUUCUUGUACACAUACUCUGAGUUUGCCAAACAUCUAACUUUAGGCCAAGUACUUAACAGCUUUGGUUUUUUAAUUUCAGAAAUUAAUGGCCACAUAUGAAAUUGAUCUGUCCGUAUAAACUUUAUUUUACAGAAAAGAUAUAAUAACUAGUAACUUUUUAAAAUGGAAUAUUAUAUGGCUACACUUGGU